UCCCUCUCGCAUGCUCCUCUAGGUGUAGCGCAGCAGGGCAGACGAGCACACAAAGCAAGCAGAGAAAGAAACUGCGUAGCUUAGCUAAAAGAGAAAGAGGAAGCAGAGAGAGAGAGAGGAAUGGUAGGGGCGGGGGCGUUUUGGGGGACGAGAGUUAUGGAGAUAGUGAAGAAGCAUGACUCUGGUGGUCUUGUUUGGAAACGAAUUAAACUCACCACCACUCGUAAGGCCAACGCCAAGAAACGCCUCCUUAGGGUUUGGCAGAAUGAAGCUGUCCUGAAGGCAUGUUCUGAAUCCCAACCUUCCAAAAUGUCCGCAGCUGGUGCUUCUGCAGUUGACAAAAAAGAGGGCCUCAACACUGCAAGCUGACUUUGAAAUGAGCAUUUCCUGGGAGAGAUAAGGGACGUACGGCGCUGCACUAGCCAGGUACGAUGCCCUGCACUUUCUUUCAGGUGAUUCUUUCAACACCGUUCUUAGUUUGCUCUAGUUUUAACGAAGUUGUGAAAGCUGAAAACUGCUGGGUGGCUAUUGCUGGUGGUUAUCUCUUAGAACCCUUCUUUGCCUGGCAAAAUUAUGUGCCAUCUCUACCCUCCCAGCCAAUUUCGUGAAUAAUAGAGAUCCAAAAACUGAGGGCUAUUAUAUCGUGAAUCCUGCGUCUUUUGUACCACAGUCUGAAUGUGGAAGGAUAUUAUUUUCAAGGCUUGGCAUUGCAAAUGUAGUAGUAAAACCAGAUUGUCAA